AUGGAUCUCCUACCCGAACUCCGUGAUGAACAGGCUGGCGCUUCGAAGCGUGGGCGUUCUCCGAGUGCUCUCAGUACAAACUUCUACCGGCUGAAUGAAAAAAUGCAACAAGACGAUGUGGCGGACGCCACGAUCCCCUUUCCCACCCAUGUUCACGGCCGCAAGGAAGCCUGGGAGAAGCACCUGGCUGGAUGUGUGCACUAUGUUGGCGCUAUCGGCAACGUUUUCCAGAGUGUCGAGAGUGAAGGUGAACCUGGCGAGCAUGGAAGGACUACGAAAUCGCAAAGCACCUCGCCGCCUGAGUUUACGCUAGCUGAAAAACUAUUGCGGUUACUCGUGUUUUUGAACGCUCGGUGUGGAGUUCCAGGCGCCAUGCGACAUCGCCAUCUGAUUGGUGGUCGCGUCCUAGAUGAAUAUGCAGAUCUACAUUCCGUCGAGCAGCGUGACAACGUGAGAUCAGUCCAGAAUCGAAGUGGAGGUAAGGUGAAUUUUCUGUCUGACGUCUGGGAGACUAUCGCUAAGAUGCAUGUACUGGGCUGUAUGGCCUCGCUAUUUGGGCGAGUAAUGACUUAUGGUUUGAGGCCUGCUGGUGACCGUCACGACGGAAUUGCAAUUGCGCAGCAAAUGGAGGGGGUACUCGAGGAGUUACUUGCGUCGGAAUGUGGCCGUGCGCGGCGCAUUUUGGCUCUUCGGUACCCCAACAUUGCGUUCGUGUAUUGUUUUGCUCACGAUAUCAAUAACCUAGCCAAAGCCGUUCUCAAAACGGUAUUUAAACAGGUUUCGGAUGAUGCGGCAGGUGCUGCAGGUUUUUUUAACACUUCGACUUCUAAAUGGCUGGCAUGUUUUGCGUCCCUCCUACGUGCUCGAGGAGCUUUGAAGGAUAUGGUCUUCUCGUAUCGGAACAGCAGCGAGUUAACGGACAAACUUCGUGUUCUUGGGGACGCUGGAUUUUGGGCAAAGUUGCAGAGCGCGGAGGAAAUCGCUCGUCCGUUAUGCGCUACCUCGUUUCGUCUUCAAAGGGAUGAAAAACGGGUGCUGAUGUAG